CGGGGGGCCGGCCGGUCACUGUGGCCUGGAGCAGCCUCGUCGCGCGGCGCGGCACUCCUGGGGCAGCGACGGGCCGCGGCGCUCAGCCUGCUGGUGAGCUGCGGCGGGCACACCCCGGCGCGGCGGCGACAGCGGACAGGUUCGAGUGGGGGCAGGGGCGGGCGCGGGAGCAGUCCGGGGCUAGAGAGGGAGCCCGAGCCCCGUCAUCUCCAGCCAUGUCGGACGAGGCGUCGGCCACCACUUCGUACGAGAAGUUUCUGACUCCCGAGGAACCCUUUCCGUUUUUGGGACCCCCUCGCGGAGUGGGCACCUGCCCGAGCGAGGAGCCGGGCUGCCUGGACAUCAGUGACUUUGGCUGCCAGCUGUCCUCUUGCCAUCGCACCGACCCGCUCCACCGCUUCCACACCAACAGGUGGAACUUAACUUCUUGUGGAACAAGCGUUGCCAGCUCAGAAUGCAGUGAGGAGCUGUUUUCAUCAGUUUCUGUUGGAGAUCAAGAUGAUUGCUAUUCCCUGUUAGAUGAUCAAGACUUCACUUCUUUUGAUUUAUUCCCUGAGGGGAGUGUCUGCAGUGAUGUGUCUUCUUCUAUUAGCACAUACUGGGAUUGGUCGGAUAGCGAGUUUGAAUGGCAGUUACCGGGCAGUGACAUUGCCAGUGGGAGUGACGUGCUUUCUGAUGUUAUACCCAGUAUUCCAAGUUCACCUUGCUUGCUUCCUAAAAAGAAAAACAAGCACCGGAAUUUAGAUGAACUUCCUUGGAGUGCAAUGACAAAUGAUGAACAGGUGGAAUAUAUUGAGUAUCUGAGUCGUAAAGUCAGUACUGAGAUGGGUCUUCGGGAGCAACUUGACAUUAUUAAAAUAAUUGAUCCUUCUGCUCAAAUCUCCCCUACAGAUAGUGAGUUUAUUAUUGAACUUAACUGUCUCACAGAUGAAAAACUGAAGCAGGUCAGAAACUAUAUCAAGGAGCAUAGUCCUCGCCAGCGGCCUGCAAGAGAGGCCUGGAAGAGAAGCAACUUCAGUUGUGCCAGCACCAGUGGCGUGAGCGGUGCCAGUGCCAGCAGCAGCAGUGCCAGCAUGGUCAGUUCUGCAAGCAGCAGUGGGUCCAGUGUUGGAAACUCUGCUUCAAACUCCAGUGCCAACAUGAGUCGAGCACACAGUGACAGCAACCUUUCUGCAAGUGCAGCAGAGCGGAUUCGGGAUUCCAAAAAGCGAUCCAAGCAGCGGAAGUUGCAGCAGAAGGCCUUACGCAAGAGGCAGCUGAAAGAGCAGAGGCAGGCUCGGAAGGAGCGGCUCAGUGGGCUCUUCCUGAAUGAAGAAGUGUUGUCCUUGAAAGUGACGGAGGAAGACCACGAAGCAGAUGUAGAUGUCUUGAUGUAAUAAGGAUGAGAGAAGUUUGAGGCCAAGAGAGGUAAAGUGCUUCGUCCAGGUCCUAUGACUGAAUAAUGACAAAUUCAGGACUAGAAUCCAAGUCCCUUGAGCUGUGAACUCGUGCUGUUUCCACUGUAUCACACUGUUUUAUCUCAUGCUCCUAUUUUUCGCGGUGGUUAUAACAAAACCUUAAGAUUUUGUUAUAGAGCAGUGAUUAAAGUGUGGACUCCACACCCGCAAAACCAGCGUUCCCUGAGAACUUGUAAGAGGUGCAAAUUCUCAGGCCCCACUCCAGACCUACCAAAUCAGAAACUCGGGGGGUGGGAGGAUAGAGCAACCUGUUUUAACGAACGCCUCAAAGGAUAAUGAUACACGUUUAAGUGUGAGAGCCACUAGUAUAGAGUAAGGAUUCUCGGGCUGAGCAUCAGAAUCAUCUGGGGAACUUUUAGAAGAUAAUGGUGCCUAACCACCACCACCCUCCCUAACCGAGACAGAUUAAAUUAGAAUCUCAACAAUGAGGCCUGGGCAUCUAUUGUUUUAUGAUCAACAUUUUAUUUUGUAAUUUAUCUUAGAGAAAAGUUGUAUAGUACAGAGUUCCUGCAUACCUGUUACCCUGUCCCCUAAAGUUAACAUCUUACAUAACUUGGAGCAUUUGUGAAAACUAAGAUAUUAGCAUUGGUACAUUAUUGUGAACUAAACUACAGCCUUUAUUCACAUUUCACUUGUUUUUCCACUAAUGUUCUUUUUCUAUUCCAGAAUCCAAUCCAGGAUCCCUCAUUGCAUUUAAUCAGCAUGUUUCCUUAGCCUUCUCUGGUCUGUGACAGUUUCUGACUUGUUUUUCAUAAUCUUGACAAAUAUGAGAAGAAUUGGUCAGUUUGUAGAAUGCCAUCCCUCAGUUUGGGUUUCUCUGAUGUUUUCUUCGUGAUUAGACCGGGGUUUGGGGAUGCGGGGAGGAUUUCCACAAAGGUGAGGUGCCAUUCUCACCACAUCAUCCUAAAGGGUGCGCACCAUCAACAUGACUUAACACUAGGCAUGCUAACUGACCACCUGGCUGUGCUGGCGCUCGCCAGGCUCUUCCUUGCAAAGCUAUUGUCUUUCCCUUUCCAUACUCUGUUCCUUGGAAGCAAGUCCAGCCCACACUCAAGGAGGAGAGGGGUAAUAGGCUCCACCUCCUAGAGAGUGAAGCAUCUACAUUUAUUAUUGGGAAUUCUCUAUGGAAGAAUUCCCUCUUCUCCGUUUAUUCAAUCAUUUUUAUCAGUAUGCAUUCAUGGGUAUUUAUACUUUGGGUUAUAAUGUAAUGCUAUGUUAUUUAUUCUGUACAAAUUUUUCUGCUUUGGACACUGGGAACCCUUAGAAGUUGGCUGUGGUGUCCCCUUGACCUACCUCUAUUCUUUUGUAUUUUGAGCACUUUGUUUUCUGGCACUACACAAUGCUCCAGCACUGGAAUCAGGAUUUCUACAAGGAGCUGGGCACCUCUUUUUAAAAGCUGCUCUGGUGGUUCUACUGCAGAGUAAGUGUGGAAACCACUGAUACUGAGAAUGAACCACAUUCUUCUGUAAAUCUCCUAAUGCCACCAUCAGACCAAAUCCUAUCUUGCAUCCUCAAAAAUUGUAGUCAUCUUUGAUUCAGUCUUCUCCCUCCUCUUUCUUUCAUGGUCAGUCUUUUCACCAAAGCUGUUUUCUCCUGCUUGACAUCCAGAGCAGCACUUUAAAAACUUUAAUGUGUAAUACGUAGAAUCUUGUUAAAAUGCAGACUCUGAUUCAGUAGGUCUGGGGUCGGAGUCUGAGAUUCUUAGUUUGAAUCAGGUAUGUGGGAGAUCUGAAUGCUGCUGAUCCAUGCACUGCAUUUUGAGUAGUGAGGGUCAGAACAAAGUCCAGACAAUUUAGGACAUUUCAAGAGCCCCCAGGUCUGGUGGGCCCCAGUCUACUUUCCAGUUUUAUCUUCUAUGCAUUUCUUUAUUUACCCUACACUCAAACCAACCAGUCUAUUCCAUAUUUGUAGUAUUCACCUGAUGUGGCCCCCAAGGAUCGUGGCGAUUCACGCCUUUCUAUAAUCCCCUUCCUUUGGAUAUAGGCUGGUAGGUUGGGCCUUGUGACUUGCUUGUAACUGACAGAAUCCAGCAAAAGUCAUGGGAUGUCACUUCUGUCAUUAAAUUACAAAAGACUGUGACGGCUGUCUGGUUUGUACUCUCGUCUUCUCAGUUGCCCAAUCUGAUGAAGUAAGCUGCCAUGCUGUGACAUGUUCUGUGGAGAGGCCCACGUGGCAGGGAACCGAGGGACUGAGGCCUUGAGGAUAAUAUAACAGCCCAUGAGGAACUGAAUCCUGCCAACAUUCAUGAGUGAGCUAGGAAGUGGAUCCUUCCCAGUGGAGCCUUGAGGUGACGGCGGCCUAGUGAGAGACCCUGAGCUCAAGUACCCAUCUAAGGCACAUCCAGGUUCCUGAGCCACAGAAACCGUGAGAUAAAUGUGUAUUGUUUUAAGGUGUAAAUUUUGGGGUAAUUUGUUAUGCAGCAAUAGAUAAUACGUUAUUUACUAAAUAUACCAUGAAAUGACUUCCUGUUACAUUGUUCUCAUCCUGCAAAAGAAAACUCAGAUGCUGCUUCCUCACUUAUUCAACAAUAUUUGCUGGACGCCUACUACAUGUGAGGCACUGUGUUAAAUACUAGGGUUAAGUGGUAAAGAAACAGGCACAGUCUGCCCUCACACAGCUUACAUUCUUUUGUAUUGGUUUUCAAAGUUUCACAAAAGAGGGACCCAGGAUACAUUUCAUUAAAGGAAAGCAAUUUUUAAUGCCAAGGAAAUAAUAUAAAGAAGCUAUAUGAAAAACUUCAGUAAAAACUUCAUUAUGGACUAGCAUAGGUUGCAUUUAGGCAUUUCAGAAGUCCUAAUUCUGGUGCGUGUUAAGGCAACCCUAAUUCCCCUCUGUUGGGGUAUAUUACUUUUUCUAGGCACUACUAAAAUGUUUAUUGUACAUUUACAUAGCUAGUAUGCCAUUCUGCCUUCCCCACUAGUCCUCAUUUUCAUUUUUAUAUCCCCAUGGUUCUUUGCACAUGUGUAAAGAACUUGCUAAUGUAAUAUUAAUUAUAACUUUGUUAAUCUGAGAUUAAUGGAGAUUUUAAUUCCAGUAGAGUUACUUUAAAAAAAUCUAAGUACCAUCGUUCUGCAUUUUCUCCUGUUUUAAGAGAGUAUUUAUUGAAAGCAUGAAUAUUGUUUGUUUCUUUGUAAAUCCCUGUUCCUUGCAAAAUGAUUUAGGUCAUGAUAAUGCUACUUAUUAAGGUUACAAGUUCCAGUGAUUGCAAAAUGAAGCCAAAUCCAUUUACAAAAUGAUGAAAUGAAGAUAAUUUUUUAAAUUUAAUUAAAUCUAUUGAGAUUACAUUGGUUAAUAAGUUUCAGGCAUACAAUUCUAUAAUACAACAUCUGUAUGUUGUGUGCCUACCACCUAGAGUCUAGUUUCCUUCUAUGUAUGUGACCCUCUUUACCCUCUUCAUCCUCCCCCUUCCCCGCUUCCCCUUGGGUAACCACCAUUCUGUUGUAGGUAUCUAUGAGUUUGUUUUUUGUUCGUUUGUUGCUUUCUGUUUUAUAUCCCACAUAUGAGUGAAAUCAUAUGGUUGGUUCUUGUCCUUUUACAUCUGACUAACUUCACUUAGCAUGAUACUCUCAAGAUCCAUCCAUGUUGCCACAAAUGGCAAUAUUUCAUCUUUUUAUGGCUGAGGAGUAUUCCAUUGUAUAUAUGUACCACAUCUUUUUUUAUUCAAUC